UUUUAUUUGUUUUAUUUAUUUUAUUUUUUCUGGACAUUAUCUGGAGCAUUGCAAAUCUCAGGUGGUAAGGGGGUUACUGAGUGGAAGUCUGAAGAAAUUUGCUUUCUAUAAAAUUCCUAUUUAUGUCUUUGUGUGUGAUUUUAGCAGACCAUUUUGCAUCUCAUUUUUUUUGAAUGUUGUUUAAUUUUUUUCAGCAAACCUUAUCCUUGCAGAUUAGACAGCAUAGGGACAAUGCUAUUUGAAAGGCAAAGAGGGGAAAAGAGAAAAACUUGUGCUUCAAUCUUAGUUUAUAGAGAACAGAGUUAGGGCUGUGAACAAGCCUUCCUUUUUCUCUAUUUGCUGCUGUCUACCUUGACAUAAUUGCCACUGUAUUCUUUUUUCUUCUUUUAGAGACAAGGACACUUAGGAAAGAAAAAUUGAAAAUGCUUGCCCUAAGUUGGCAUAAAGCAGGCUCAUUCAGGCCCUCUUAACUUUAAGUCCAGGCCCUUCACUUACUACCAGCCAUCCAUUAUUUUACAAAUAACUUUCCUUAAUUAUUUUAACGGAUAUGCAGACAACAGCAUUCUUCAAAUCUACUCUUUCUGUGGUUUUUCAGUGCCCACCACACCAAGGCAUAGAAUAAAUACCCAUUGAAAACAAUGGGUCACUCUAGUUGUGGUGUUUAACUUGGUUUGAGCUCUCUAAAGGGAAACUGGCAAUAUUUAUUGCAGGAGGGCCAUGUGAUUUACAAAGGAAAAUGUGUUUCUGUGUCACUUCUCCAGAGCAAGGGCCCAAACACUUCAUGGAGAUUUUGUGAAAUUUUCUAGGUAUAUUAACAUUUUAUUAUCUCCUAAUUUUAUGACUUUUAUUUCAGAUUGAUUAUGUUCUGAAUGAUUGGAGUUGGUUGAAAUACUUAAUUUAGGAUAACAGGCCAAACACAGCAAUGCUCCUCAGACAAAGAUGUUAAGCUCCUCUGCAAGCUUAAAUGUGAUAAACAUUUUUCUGAAAAUAUAUAUGAAAGACCAUUUCCUUCAUGUGAAAGGAUAUUCAGGGGGAAAUACAGAAUCUAUCUGAUGAAAUAGCUUCACCAUGAGUGCCUGAGUAUAACGGAAGAUAAAGAGAUUCUAGUUCUAGAAGUAUACAACACACUUGUGGGAUUGAUGGAAGGAUACAACACAUCCUCUACGGACUUCACCUUCAUGGGGCUCUUCAACAGAAAGGAUAUCUCAGGCCUUCUUUUUACCAUCAUCUCUGUCAUCUUCUUCAUUGCCCUGAUGGCCAAUGGGGUCAUGAUCUUCCUGAUCCGCAGGGACUCAUGCCUCCAAACCCCCAUGUAUUUCCUCCUCAGCCACCUCUCCUUCAUAGACAUGAUGUACAUCUCCACCAUCGUGCCCAAGAUGUUGGUUGAUUACCUGCUGGGUUGGAGAACCAUCUCCUUUGUGGGGUGCACAGCUCAGCACUUCCUGUACCUCACCCUCGUGGGAGCUGAAUUCUUCCUUCUGGGCCUGAUGGCCUAUGAUCGCUAUGUGGCCAUCUGCAACCCUCUGAGAUACCCUGUCCUCAUGAGCCGGCGGAUCUGUUGGAUGAUCAUAGCAGGUUCCUGGUUUGGGGGCACAUUGGAUGGCUUCCUGCUAACCCCCAUCACCAUGAGCUUUCCUUUCUGCAAUUCCAGGGAGAUUAACCAUUUCUUCUGUGAGGCGCCUGCUGUCCUGAAGUUGGCGUGUGCAGACACAGCCAUCUACGAGACUGUAAUGUAUGUGUGCUGUGUUUUGAUGCUGCUGAUUCCAUUCUCUGUGGUGAUUGCCUCUUAUGCCAGAAUCCUGACCACAGUCCACCGCAUGAGCUCAGCGGAGGGGAGAAAGAAGGCGUUUGCCACCUGCUCUUCUCACAUGACUGUGGUGACAUUAUUCUACGGGGCUGCCAUGUACACGUACAUGGUGCCGCACUCCUACCAUAAGCCAGCCCAGGACAAAGUCUUCUCUGUAUUCUACACCAUCCUCACACCCAUGCUGAACCCCCUCAUCUACAGCCUGAGGAACAGGGAUGUGACUGGAGCUCUGAAGAGGGCCCUGGGGAGGUUCAAGUCUUCUCAAAGAGUGUCAGCAGAUAUCUUUUGACAGUUGGCUCUUUCCUAUGUGGGUGGUGAAAAAAGACUAUGUCCCCAGUGCAGCCAUACUCUCACUGAAAAUUUAAAUGGACGUGGGAUCCAACU